AGAUCCUCGCGGAGACGAUCGUCAGGAUCCAAGGAUUUCGAGAAGACGAAGGAAACUGUGUUAAAGAAGUGACCGUUUCGCCGACGGAACCGGCGUGUCCUCGGAGUCGAAACUCGCGAGAGGGACUUUCGCGCGGAUUUCCGCAAAUCUCCAUCAGCAGCACUAUUUGUUUUGAACAUUUCGGCGGACCGUGGGCCUAUGAACUAGCGCGGAGCGUCCCCCUCCUUGCUCGUUCCUCUGUCUCUCUCUCUCUCACUCUCCUCCCCUCUCUCCUCUCUCUCUCUCUCUCUUGCUCCCCAGCUAUAGAGCGGCCACUUACGCGGCGGUAAUAACUCCACGUCGGUCGCCGUGAGUCGCUGCAAACUUAGUUGUCCGUCGACCGCGUCGCGUGUUGGAGGUGUUUUAGAUCGUGUUUUAGGAAUCCCUCGUCCGCGAGUCUCGAUCGGAAACCCGCGUUCGUUCAUAAUCUACGUUGUCGCAGCCCGCAUAAGAGCGCUCCUCGUCUCGUCGGCCGCCGCGGGUUUCGAGGUUAUCUCGCGCUUCGCGCGAGACGAAUCGAAUUCGAAGUCGCGGGCGCGCGCGCGCGCAUGCGCGCCGGCGCCACGGCGGUUCGCUCGCGGACGUUGGCAGGACUGCCCGGAAAAUUGGGAAAGUGAACAGGUGUUUUUUGAAUGGAUUAGGGAGAGAACAGAGGCGACGAGGACGCGCGGCAGAACCGAGCGGACGGUGAACGAUCGCCGGGACUUCCCGGCUGCUCCGGAUGAUCGAUCGCUUGCGGGAUGCACGCGGCCACGCGGCCGCACUCGGCGCACCGCCGACGGUGAGUAGCUGAGCUGACCGCACCAGGUUGCGUUAGUCAUCUCCUCUCCCGUUUUCCUCGACGUGUCUCGACUGUGCACCUGUCUCCUCUCAAAUUGUCGACAAUGUGCAGCGGCUCGCUGGUGGACAAGAAAUCUGUACACGAAUGUGAAUAUAUCCGGCGAGUGUGAGAGCGACGACGUUAUGACAUUCGAGCGAGCUCACAGCGUCCGUGUGGGAGUGUAGAGCACCGGGAGGCAGCGGACGCGCUUGGAAGAUGAAGAAGGUAUAACGGCGCCGCAGCGGCAGCCCCAUCGUCUCUCCUCAGUAAGAGCCGAUUUCGGACUCACUUAAAUAUGCCACACCAGUUCGGCCUGCCCACGAUGGCGCACGGCAUGCAAUCACCGCCCUCGCCGACCUCGGUCAUGUCGGUCUACCCACGCUUCGGCUCUGGCAUCUACAGGCCCGACCAUCAGGAUCAGCGGUUGACGCGCGAGGCGAUGGAACGUUACCUGCGCGACCGCAGCGACAUGGUGAUCGUGAUCCUGCAUGCGAAGGUCGCCCAGAAGUCGUACGGCAACGAGAAACGAUUCUUCUGCCCGCCGCCGUGUAUCUACCUGUUCGGCGACGGUUGGAGGAUGCGGCAGGAGCAGAUGCUGCGCGAGGGCGAGACCGACCAGAGUUCCCAGCUGUGCGCGUUCAUCGGCAUCGGCAACUCCGACCAGGACAUGCAGCAAUUGGACCUGAACAACGGCAAGCAGUACUGCGCGGCGAAGACCCUCUACAUCUCGGACUCGGACAAGCGGAAGCACUUCAUGCUCUCCGUGAAGAUGUUCUACGGCAGCGGCCACGACAUCGGUGUGUUCCACAGCAAGCGGAUCAAGGUGAUCUCGAAGCCGUCCAAGAAGAAGCAAUCCUUGAAGAACGCGGAUCUGUGCAUCGCCAGCGGCACGAAGGUGGCGCUCUUCAAUCGGCUACGCUCGCAGACGGUGAGCACGCGUUACCUUCACGUGGAGAACGGCAACUUCCAUGCGAGCUCGACGCAGUGGGGCGCGUUUACGAUCCACCUGCUCGACGACAACGAGAGCGAGUCGGAAGAGUUCCAAGUGCGCGACGGUUACGUGCACUACGGCAGCACGGUGAAGCUAGUCUGCUCCGUCACGGGUAUGGCGCUACCACGGCUGGUGAUCCGCAAGGUGGACAAGCAGAUGGCCAGUCUGGAGGCGGACGACCCGGUUUCCCAGCUGCACAAGUGCGCCUUCUACAUGAAGGACACGGACCACAUGUACCUGUGCUUGUCGCAAGAGCGCAUCAUUCAGUUCCAGGCGACGCCCUGCCCGAAGGAGGCCAACAAGGAGAUGAUCAACGACGGCGCCUGCUGGACGAUCAUCAGCACCGACAAAGCUGAGUAUCAGUUCUUCGAGGGCAUGGGACCGGUGCGAUCGCCGGUGACGCCGGUGCCGCUGGUCCACAGCCUACACCUGAACGGUGGCGGCGACGUGGCGAUGCUCGAGCUCACCGGCGACAACUUCACGCCGAACCUGCAGGUGUGGUUCGGCGACGUCGAGGCCGAGACCAUGUACAGAUGCCAGGAGAGCAUGCUCUGCGUCGUGCCGGACAUCUCGCUGUUUCGCGGUGAGUGGCUAUGGGUGCGACAGCCGACACAGGUGCCGGUCUCUCUGGUGCGCAACGACGGCAUCAUCUACGCAACCGGCCUCACUUUUACGUACACGCCUGAGCCGGGCCCGCGGCCGCACUGUCCGCCCGCUGACGAGAUUAUGCGCGCGCCGCGCGCCAUGCACAACCAGGCGAGCAUACCGCCCGCGAUCGCCGACGUGCCGUGGAACACCCAUCAACCGCCGCAGUCGGGUCUCUGAUGUCUUCUAGAUAAUCAUAACGUGAACCAAAGUCUACGAUGUAGUGUUACGGACGAUGUAAUGACCUCGUCCACGCUGCGUCGUCCCGACCUGGACGAGGAGGAGGACGACGACGACGACGAGGACGACGGCGACAGCGACGGCGGCGGCAGUGAGAGCGACGGCGAUCGCGCGUACCUUGUGACAAAGGACCUGUUACUCGAGAUCAACGCUAGCGCGCCGCGGAACCUGGACAAUACGAAGACGUAGCGUUUCGCUCGGCUCGCGUCCGGUCGUGCGACCCGACGCGUGAGAAUCGCACACGCGCGCGCGCGCGCUGAAUCGUAGGCUAGACACAUAAGUUGUUGAUACACGGAGGUUUACAGAGAUAAUAAUUUAUAUAGCGACUGUAGGUCUUAACGGCUUGAAAACGCGAGGCUGCGUGUAGGCAAUUGCAAGUACGCGAAGUUUGACGGUAGAAUUCUUCAGAGGAGUGCGCGCGACAUCAUCCGUCGGAUCUGAUCUCGUUCGCGACUUCCGCGACGAUUUCAAUGUAUUUCCUCUUUUUGAGUAGAUGGGUCUUUGUUUUAAAAAAUUCCCAGGUAUUCAAUCCUCUCAUCGGGCAUAUCAAAAUUAAGUCGCGUUUGAACUGUCUUGAAACCCCUUUUUAAACGAGACCAGCCACAACCCUGACGGUUUUUGGUUGAUCAGUCUUUAGAGCUUGAAGCGAAAGGGUGGAUUGGCAAAAAGAAUCCCCGCCGCGCAGCUACGGAUUGCAAGGGUUGAUCGUUUCAUUCACGUACACCUUUCCUUGGAGUUUGAACGUCACAUCUCGCGGUGUCUUGAAGAGGAGGAUCAAAAGUGUAAGACGGACUAUCGCGAAGGAGUGUAUAGUUAGGGACGAGCGUGCGCAUACUUGGCGUAUCAUUGUAAACGGGAAGUAACACAGCGUCUCUUAGCGUAUACGUUUGCAUAUCGGUCACCGACGACGAUGGUUGUGCUUUUAACACUAAUGUCUGGUACGAGGGAGGAGGAAAGAAAUCGCACCACGCUCGGAACGCGGUACAGCGGACUCUCGAAAUAGCGUCGUGAAAUCGCCUUGUCGUCGCCCCGACUGGAGGGAGUAUCAUAAUGCGAAUUCCUGUUUCGCCUGUUUCUCUUUUUGGGAAGCGCGCCGGCGCGGGCGGUUCUUCGGGAACCUCCUCGUCCCGCCAAGUACAAAAGGAGAGAGAGAGAGAGGAGGAGAAGGAGAAGGAGGAGGAGGAGGAGGAGGAUUACCUUGUCAAGGAGAGAAAUUGUCGGGAAAACUGUAUCGAAGUACGAGCGCUGGCUCUGAUGGAGCGUAUGUAUGUGUGUGUCAAUGUAUGUGUAUGUGUGUGAAAGGCUCAUCGUGUACAAAGGGGGGUGAGGGGGGGCGGGGGACGAAGUACGCCGUGUAUUUUUGAAGCCGCGCGCGCGCGUGCGACGUGCUCAACAUUUGGUACAUUUGUAAAUUCGCACACGCGCAACGCGCCGACGGACUUUUCAUUAUUUAUUAGGAGAUGCACAGGGACGAUGCAUACCGAUGCAUCCUUCGAGUAAGAGAGAGAGAGAGAGAGAGAGAGAGAGAGAGAGAGAGAGAGUGCAUGUGUAUCGCGCGAAUUGGUGCUGAUCGUGAAAUCGUGGCCAGACCGUGGCUUGUAAGUCAGUAGAAUUCGUGUACAUUUCUCAUUUCUCUUCUCAUAAUAUAUAUAUAAUAUCGGAAAGAGAGAGAGAGGGGGAGGGGGCGAGCGAAAGAGAAAGACAAUGGAUGCGUUCACGACAUCAACAGUUGCGCAACUGUUGAGUAAUUCGUCAACGUUAUUGGUCUGAAUGUAAGGUAAGGAUCUAACAGUAAGGACCAAUAGUCACUAAUCGCUCACUGAGCGGUUUUCUCCGUUGAACGCACCCAUUGAUAUAUAUUGUCAGUCACGUGAGACCCGGUUUCGAAAUGGCGUGUACGGAUGUUUCUUAUUUUUUCUUUGGUAUAAUAGAUGUAUGUGUUAUUUUGUGUAUAUAUUAUACAUAUAUAGAGCUAUACAUAUAGCAUGCGUAUCUCUCUGUCGGUGUCUACGCACAGCACUCAUCGGAGAAUUGCGGUUUUACGCAGAAAUGAAAGAUUCAAAUCAGGCCUGCGAGAGCCAGCGUAGAGGAGAUGUCGGCUGCGAAAAGUUUUACUUGCUAAGAAGGAAAAGUAAGGAACCUGUUUCAAAAAAUUAUGAAACUUUGUGUGGAGGUAAAGCAGCUCAUCCGUAACGCAAAAGUAUUUUUUGUUCGUGCGGAAUUCCAAUCUGAGGGGUGAAACCACCCUUCCAAGAAGAAAAAACCAUUUUCAUCUUUAGCGUAUCUUUUAAAAUACAAGGCAUAUGCAGAAAUGGUUUGUGUGAAAAUUGCAGUGUAUUUCAUACUCUUUGCGAUUGUGUGUUCACAUUUUGCAAAAUUGGGGGAGGGCGGAGGGGGUUUUGAAAAAUUUUUCAAUUUUGCAAUAUCUGAAUACACAGUUGCAAGGAGUAUGAAAUACACCGCAACUUUCAUAUAAAUCAUUUUUGUCUCGUAUCUUAAAAGAUACACGCUAAAAAUGAAUUUUCUUUUUCGAAGGGUGGUUUCACCCCUUCAGACUGAAAUUUCGCACGAACAAAAAAUAGUUUUGCAUUACGAACGAACUACUUUAUUUUCACACAAAGUUUCAUAAUUUUUUGAAUUUCCGAGUUCCCUGUUUUCUCUUGUAAGUUACUAUACUAAAAUAAAAAAAAAAAGGACACUGUUGUGGUCGACGUUUUUGAUCCGCUUCAGUGCUACAGAUGUAGAUAUUGAUUUAGUUACAGGAAAUGCAGAAGAUAGAGUAAAAUUUCUUUUAUCUUGCUAAAUUAACGCGCAUAUUUAAACCACUGAAGAGUCAUGAACGUAUUCGACCGUCGUUGACGUCGACCGAGACAUUCGUCUCUCUCUUUUUCAUCUCAAUCGAGACGCUAAGCUGAGCGGACCUCUUCGCAGCCAGCAUCUUGUGCUGGCUCUUAUGGGCUUGAUUUUAAUUCUUUUUCUUUUUUGAUUGUACAUCGAGGAGCCUGUUUUUUUAUUCAUUUAAUCUUACGUACGUUCAACAUAUUCCGUCUCGGUAACAGUUGCGUUACGGACAUACCAUCCUGAAGCACCUUGCGUGAGAUUAGUUCUCCUUCGACCGCACCGUAACCAGGUAAAACGUGUAACGUGACUCCAGCGAGACGCAGGAGUCGAAUCUAGACAAUUAUGACGGCGCAUUUUUCCCAAUCCUCAGCGGAAAUCCAGAAAUCGCCGCGACUCACUUUCGUGCCGACGGUGUGCGCGCGUGAUUUAAUUUAAAAAUUAUACCGUACACGAGGACUCCUCCCGAGAACUUUAGGCUCCUGGUCCUUCGCCGCGAGACUCGUGAUCGAUGACGUCAGCAGCGAGAAAACGCGUACACAAAUUUCUCGCAUGCCAUUUCCAAGUGAAAAGAUUUUGCGCGGACCGCUGGAACAUACUCCUGUUUCCUCCUCGAAAGUCAACCAGCAGCCGUGAAACGACUGCAAUACGAGAUUGAUCAUACGGAAUGAUCGCGCAUGCGCAUGACUAGGUUUCACGUUAGUCACUUUGUGGUCAUUGAUUGACUCCCGAGGUAUUCUUUCGUACAAAUACCUUUUUACUUGGCAAGGCGCGCGAGAACUCUCUCGGCAGGUCCUUCGUCGCCUCUGACGUCGCUACCCAAUAUGGCCGCUGCGAGCUGCGGGAGCCUUACGCGCUGUGCUGUUUGAGUUUGAACGAAAAAAGAAAUAAAGAAAACGGCUUCUGGGAAUCUCCGUACAAUCCGGGGUGUUCUUAGAACUUCUCUGUGACUCGGACACGUUGAAAAUUAAUAUACAUAUAUAUAUAUAUAUAUAUAAAUAUACACACAUAUAUACGCUUUAUUGUAGUUACACCGAGACGUACAAUGACGAUGCAUAUAUAGAUAUGAAUUUUUAUGCCUCUAUAUGAUUUAGAAUAAACCGAAAGUUUAUAUUA